AUCUAUCAAGUCAGUCAAUCAAUCUGUCGGCCAAUUAGUUAGUUAGCUAGUCAGUUAGUUAGUUAGUCAGUCAGUCAAUCAGUUAUUCAGUUAGUCAGUUACCUAACUAGUCAGUUAGCUAGUUAGUCAGUCCGUUAGCUAUUCAGUCAGUUGGUCAGUCAGUCAUUCAGUUAGCUAGUUAGUCAGUCAGUUAGCUAUUCAGUCAGUUGGUCAGUCAGUUAUUCAGUUAGCUAGUUAGUCAGUCAGUUAGCUAUUCAAUCAGUUGGUCAGUCAGUCAUUCAGUUAGCUAGUUAGUCAGUCAGUUAACUUAGUAAGUCAGUUGAUUAGUUAGUUACUCAGUCAGUCAGUUUGUUAGUCAUUGAGUCAGUCAGUUAUUUAGUCAGUUUGUUAGUUAGUCAGUCAGUUAUUUAGUCAGUUUGUUAGUCAGUUAUUUAGUCAGUCAGUCAGCUUGCUGCGGUUUCCGUCUAUUCGCUGGGGGCGCUGUGAGAUUUGGGGCUGUUUUGAUUGUGGGAGCUUGCCCUAACGCUAAUGGUGGACGGUUGGGUUUGUGGUCAGUGUGGUCAGCGGUGGUUCUGCCCGCAGCCCGAGCCUGAAGCGCGGUCGGCACCAUGCCAAAGAAAAGGAGGAACGGACACAGUCCCGGCCGGGGUCCGCCGCACGCCGCGGACAUCGAGGGAAGCGGAGCGAUGAGACGGGCCGCCCCGCAGAACUCCGGCCCCGACCCUGGGUCCAUAGAGCCCGGGUACCCCCGGUCCAGCGCUCAGAACCGUGAGGAAAUCGUGCUGAGCAUGCAGGAGAUGUUCUCCCACCUGGACCCGGCGGUUAUUCACCUCCUGCUGUCUGAGGCAGACUUUAACGUGGAGAAUGCAAUGGAUUCUCUGCUAGAACUCUCUAAUGCUGCUGAAACUACUACACAACCUUCAGGGUUUGAGAUGGCAGCUGCUCUACUGGACCGACAACCCCGUACGAAUCAGAUGGAAACGAGCAAGAAGAUUUCAGAAGGUUUCACAGGGCCAGACAAAGUAAACCCACAGCGGAAUCAGAGCCCAGAGACGACACAUCUGACGGAGGAAUUUGAUUAUCUUCUUGAUCAGGAACUGGGAGCUAUAACGGCACUCCAGGGUCCUUCUGGCACCCAGCUGGCCGUACUGGACCUGCACCUGCUGGAUGUGGAGAAUGAUUCAAAAUCAGGGUCUUUAAGCUCUGACUCCAGUACCACGCUGCCUGGCCAGGCCCACCGAGGGGCAUCACCAGUAAACGAGCUAAGCUUUGGAGGGGCAGCUUGUCCCAAAGAGAACAAUGUUUCUGUGGACUUCAGUCAUCUGACUGAGGAUUCCCACUCCAGGCCUUCUGCCUUUAAGGCGUACUGCCGGCCUGGUACAUUUCCAAACCGCACCGGCCCAACAGCCCAUCCUGAAAGCCUACACACACCUGCCAUGUUCUGGAACAUUAAGGCUCCAGUGUUCCAGCCCCGUGUGGGCAGUCCUGGUCCCCGGUUUACCCCUGUAAUGAGACCCCCUCACCCUUGGAAUGGCCAUCCCUUCAGCACUGCACAAUGGCUGGCCAGCAGGCCCGUCAGUCAAGCUCCUCUAAAGCCUUCAGCCACUGUUCCCAAGUCCUGGACCCUCCCUCCUGUGAGUAGGCUCAUACUGGAGGGCCCGGUAUUGGUGCUGCUCAGAGGUGCUCCAGGAUCAGGCAAAACCACACUCGCUAGUGCCAUGUUGGAACAUAACCCAGGUGGGGUGGUACUAAGCACAGAUGAGUACUUUACCCGCAAUGGGACGUAUCAUUAUAAUCCAGAUCAACUGGGAGAGGCUCAUUCAUGGAAUCAUGUGAGAGCAAAAGAGGCUUUUGAAAAAGGCUACAGCCCUAUAAUUAUAGACAACACCAACAUGCAGUGCUGGGAGAUGAAGCCCUAUGUUUCCCUGGCACUGAAGCAUAAGUAUAGAGUGCUGUUCCGUGAGCCAGAAACCUGGUGGAAAACUAAACCCAGAGAGCUGGAGAAACGGACUAAACAUGGAGUAACUAAGGAGAAGAUUCGUCGCAUGCUGGAACACCAAGACCGUUAUGUGUCUGUCCAGAAUAUUAUGGCUUCACAGCCCAAACCCACAGCAGUGUUUGGUGUGGAUGUUGAUGUGUCACCCCAGCAACCAUUACCAGGUGGGCUGAACCGUCCUGACUUAGUGGGCGACUCCAGAUUUGGUGGUCACCUGUCCUCUUCUCUACCUGAUGUCUCCUCAGUUGGUCAGAACUUUGUGAGAACAGAUGCAGCAGAAGGUGAGGUUGAUCUGCACAGCUCCAAAGAAUCCAUGUCCUCCCAGGAGAAUAUUGAGAAACAGACCCAACCAACGGAGUCUCCAGAGUCUGAGCUACUGGAUGGAGAGAACUUGGACUGGGAACUGGAUCACUGUAUUCCGCCUUCUGACAGCACUGGUCUUGACAUAACUGAAGAUAGUCCCUGCAACCCUGAUGUGUUGGAAGAGAAGACCCUGGAAGUGCCCGCACCGUUUGCAGAGUCAAUUGGCCAGCGGGUGAGGAGAGACCGAGAGCAUGGCAGAUUUGCACAGGAAGUGGAUGCCAAUCAAUUCCUGAACUUUAAACUUGGCUGUGACUCUGUAACAAAGGGCACUCCAGAGGAUGGCACUGAAUUGGAUGGUACUGGUAAACAAGAACUGCUCAAUUUUGUGGGAGACUGGCCGUCUGAAAGCCUUGAACAGCGUGGGCAGCGAAGUCAGAGAUCAGCCCCUCCAACGUUAAUAAAACACCUGGAUGAAGAAACACCAAGCCAUGUAGAUCCCAGCUGUAGCACUUAUGAGAGAACUGUAGAGUGUUUUGAAGAAUCUAGCCUAAAUAAAACAGAGUUCUUGAAUGAUCUAGACCUUUUGCAAGGAAAAGACGUUAAGAAGAUCCGAAAAGCAGGUGAGAGUUCUCUUUCAUCUUUGGCUAGAGAUGAGCAGGAAUUGAGCUUAAGAACUGAGGUCCGGAAUGCUGGACAGGUACUCCCUGACAAUGUUCUUGAGUGCGAGAUCUUAAGUGAAAGUUUCACUGAUCCAAAAAGUAAAGAUGACUCUCUACCUCAACCUCAAAACCCCUCCAGAGAAAUCGAAAAAGAUGAAAACGAGUGUAAAAGAGCUCCAGAAAUGGUUGAAGCAGAUUCAGAGGAGCUAAGUACAAGCAAGGGCAGGAUAGAUGUGCAGACAGAGGAUUUAGAGGUUAUGGAGAAUUAUAACCUGAGUUUAACACCUGAUGAUAAAACUAUGUCAAGUUCAAGGUGUGAGGCAGACCAAAACGCUGAAUCCAGCAAAGAGAAACGUAAAGGAUCUGGUCGCAAGACGGGAAAAUCCUGCAGGCUAGCACUUACUUUUACCAAUCAGAGUUCUUUCUCAGCCUGUCUGCAAGUAGGAUCUCCAGCCGCUUCACCACAGCUACCAGACCUAAUGCCGCCACCUCAGUUGGAACCACCACUUUUAACAACGUGCCACUCUGCCUCGGUGCAAACGGACCCUCUGGACUUUUCCCUGCUGUGGAGAAUUAACCAGAAAUCCUGUGAACUAGACUGCUCUGCCCCUGGCCUACUUAUUUUGCAUGGAAACCCUUUGAGUUUUGUCCCUAAAACAAAUGAAGACAAGACCUCUGGUCAUCAGGUACCAUACCGUGUGUGUCACGAGAAAGGAUCACAGGUGGAGGAAUGCGACCUUGGAGAAUUACCUUUGAAACAACAAAGUCUGGAGAUGCUUAGACAACAUUUUAAACACGUCCCGAUUGAGACCUUGGAGGAUCUGUAUGAAAAGUGCCAUCAGGACAUAGACUGGACCACCAACCUGCUGCUAGAUUCAGGUGUAGAGCUUUAUAGGGAUGAUGGCAUUGAGCAGGAGGAUGAGGAUAAAGAUGCAGAAGAUAAUCCGGUUUCUCUAGAUGCUCAGGAAUUUAAGGAUAAAGAAGGAGCUUGUGCUUCUGAGAUAACUGGUCAUGUUCCUGCGACAAUGCCGAGGGAGGCAUCCAGGGUGGAUGGAAUGAUGAUGACAGAACAGGCUAGCAAAGAUGGUGCUGAUGCACUGGUGUCCCUAGUGCCCGGCACUGCUGCUACCUGCUGUGCAACUUCGAGCACUGAUGGUGCGGAUCCUGAAGACAGCCCAAGACUUGACCAAAGUGAAGGAAACCAGGCUUCAGAUCAGGACCAAAAGGCACAGUUGGACCCUACACUUGAUUUGCCAGAAGAAAGAGAUACAGAUGCGGUAGGCUCAGAGAGUACACCCAGAUCAUCCAGUUUAGAACACCUAGACCAGCCCUAUGUAGAGCCCGGAACACCACAAGAUCCUUGUGUGUCACAGAUCUCAGUACAGGAUCUGGCUUUCUCAGAGAUAUCUGUAGAGACAUCGUACCAGGAUUGUGGUGAAAGACUAGAAGGGUGGAUUAAAGAGGAGGAGCAGGAGCAGGUGCGACAAGAAAGGGAAGAAGAGGAUGGAGUCACAAAGGAGGAAGUUGAGGCCAUAACUCGCUCUCUCUUGGCUCAGCUUGAAGAUCUGGAAAGCAAAAAGGAGGAAGAGAGGAGCGUUCAGGGGAAAAGUGGACCAUUGGACAUCCAGAUGCUGGAGCUGAAACUACCUACAGAACUUGCACUACAGCUGACGGAGCUUUUUGGCCCUGUAGGGAUUUCCCCAGGCGAGUUUUCCCCAGAAGACUGCUCAGUGCAGAUGGACCUUAAUUUGGCCAAACUGCUGCACCAGAAAUGGAAAGAAACCAUCCAGGAGAGACAUAGACAAGCUGCCCUGUCAUAUCAUCUUCUGCAGGAGAGCUCUGUGCACUGGGGUGAGACGCAGCAGGUCACAGCUGGGCAGAGGGACUCAGCUGCUCAGUUUCUAAUUGGUGCAGAUGGCUACUCAUCACUUAGCAACCAGUCAAACAUCCAAGAAAGUUUUCCGUAUAUGGACCACUGGAAUGUGUCUCGUCCACCAGUGUCUCUCAGGAACAUCAUGUUUGAGGAGCAGGUCAUGCAGGAGAGCCUGGAGAAAUCCAGGUUGAGUGGGCCAGAUUUGGAAAAGAAAGAUGGAGCAGCGAUACUAAAGGAGAAGCAUCUCUUUACUCUCUUCCCCACCAUCGACAGACACUUUCUCAGGGAUAUCUUCAGAGACAACAAUUACUCUCUGGAGCAGACUGAGCAGUUCCUGCACACUCUUUUGGACGAUGGACCUGUAAAAAAUGUAGUGGCUGCUGACGUUUCCUCUGAACGCACGGAGACACACCGAGCACACAGCAAAGAGAGGAAGUGGAAGCAGAAGAACGAGGAGGCGGAAAUAGCGCAGUUCCAGGACACCGAAGAUCCGGAGUACGAAGAUUUCCGUACAGAGGCCAUGCUUCAGAGACGCCGGCAGCAGGAGAGUUUUGAUAAAGCUGCUGAAGCUUACAGACAGGGACGCAAAGACGUGGCCAGCUUUUAUGCUCAGCAGGGACACCUGCAUGGUCAGAAAAUGAAGGAGGCGAAUCAUCGUGCAGCGGUGCAGAUAUUUGAACGUGUGAACGCUACACUGCUGCCACAGAACGUUCUUGAUCUUCAUGGACUGCAUGUGGAUGAAGCCCUGCUUCACCUGCAGCAGGUUCUCACCAAAAAGACCUCAGAAUGGCAGCAGGGUUUAUGCCGUCCCCAGCUGUCCAUUAUCACAGGAAGAGGCAAUCACAGUCAAGGAGGCGUUGCCCGUGUCAGGCCUGCUGUUCUGGACUACCUCAAGAGCCAACAUUACAGGUACUCUGAGCCGAAGCUGGGUCUGAUCCUUGUCACACUGCACUGACUCGACAGGUUGCUGCUUCGGAAUGAAUCGUGCACAUGUUUUACACUUGAUAUUACCUCAUCCAUACCCCAAGCCUCCACCCAGCCCCUCUCCCUCUCCCUCUCUCUCUCUCUCUCUCUCUCUCUCUCUCUCUCUCUCUCUCUCUCUCUCUCUCUCUCUCUCUCUCUCUCUCUCUCUCUCUCUCUCUCUCUCUCUCUUUCAGAAUGAACAUUUAUCUAGAUCAAGAAUAUAUUGAGAAUGUUUAUAAUCACGCUUGUGCCUGUAUUGUAUGUACAUAUUUUUAACAGUAGAUUGUGUACAUAGUGAACAAAUCUUGAGUAUCUAUUCAAAGUAGUUUAACCCAAUAUCAUAUUUGGGCAGCAUUUGAAUAGUUAAAAAAAAAAGGUAUUUGACAUUUUCGUAACCGCUGAAAGAAAAACAUUAGAUUUUGAAACUGUUUGUGGAUAAAUGUAAACACAGCUGCACAAAAGUCAAGUAUUUACUAGUAUUUACCUUUUUUUUACACUGAACAAGAGGCAUGUACAUAAUAUAAUCAGACUUUUACCUGUGUAAUAUUUGUGGACCAAGAAUGUAAAAAUCUGAGAUGUUUAAAAAAAUCAGGUAUUUUUGUUAUUUGAUUUUAAUUUAAUAUUUCAGCUUUUCAUACAGUUUUAUUUGUUUAGGUUUCAUAUGUUUUGUGAAUAUCUUAAAGCAGCAGAAUACUCUUUUCUUUAUUUUGUAAAAGUUUCCACACUGACACUGAGAAUUUGAUGGCUCUGUAUUCCUAAAGGUAUGUUUAGUUUUUCCUCAAAACAUGCUUUCUGUUGUGCAGAAGGGGAAAUUGGAAAGCACUGUUAGGAAACACAAGAGUGAACCGGCAUAUGUGUUACACCUAAAAAGGACACUCAAAAAAUUGAAGAGUAGGAGAAAUAUAAUUUAGAGUGUUUAUUUUUAUAUUUUACAUUUACUGUAAAAUUAACAGAUGUUAAGCUUUUAGAUCUGUUCAGUAAAGUUGUUUUAUUGAAAAAUUCAAUCUGAACUGACAGUAUUUGUAAAAAUUACAACUGUAAUUUUUGUAAAAUAUAACACUUAUACUUUAUGAAUCAUUUAAAUGCUAAUGAUUUAAAUGCUAAAUUCCACUUUGCAAUGAUUUUAAACUGGAUUUCUUUUUCCUUUUUUCCUUUUUCUUUUUUUUUAAGAAUUUGGUAUUACACAAACAAAAAUAUAUAUAUUUUAUUGAACUCUUAAUGCUGCUAUUCUAAACAGCUUACUCUGUUCUUAGCUUUGAAUAAGAAUAGUGCUAUAUGUGCCAUGUUCUAAAUGUGGUUUCUAUUUUGAAGAUGAUAGACUUUUGUAUUAAAAUGUGCAGUUUUGUAUUAACAGCUGAAAAUAAGAAUAAAGAGUAAAGAAAAUGUUUUCAUCCUU